GAAUGGGAGAGGCAGACAGAUAAAAGUCGGGGAAGAGGAGAGGAGAGGAGGAGAUAGGACAGUACGGUACCUACCUAUCUACCUACCUUACCUUACCUUCCUAUCCCUUGCCUUCCAUAUAUAAGACCUUCAGCCUCACCCCCGCCAUUUCUUAGCUCUCCUAUCAAUUUAAUAUCACUCAUAUCCGUACAACCUUGGUAAAUAAAAGCGUCUCCCUCUUUUCAAAGCUCAAUUCAUCGUCUGUCACAACAAAAAUGGACACCACAAGCGACGCUGCCUCUGUCCUCUCAGGCUCGACCGUCUUCUCCAAGGAAGCCCAGGACCAUGUCUCACCGACAAAAGCCGACGCGGACAUGGCUACAAACGAAGCCGCAAAGCAGCACCAGCAGCGCAAGAGCAUGCGACAGCGAGUCCGCAAUGUCGUAGCCGACCUCGGACGCCCUCCGACGGCGAGAGAUGAUGCCAAGAGCGGAAAUGUCACACAAAAGCAUGUGGAUGUCGGGCCUGCAGCCGGGACGGUCCUCAUGGGCUCUGCCACCGUCUAGUUAUUAGGUAGUUAAAGGCAGAAUCAUAUGAGGACAUGGAAUAUUUUGAGGCUGGGAAUUUAAUGGGACGAUACAUGGAUGGAAUGGAUGAAUGCUUUGGAUGACUGGAUCAGAUCAGAUGCCUUUUACUUUUACUUUUAUCUUUACUGUACGAGUUAUGGCGUUGGAAAUAAGUUGAAUUGGAUACCAAGUGUUGACCACCAUUUAUCAACGGAGCCAUUUAUCGGCAACGGGCAUGAUUGACAACCUACCAAAGCAGCGUUAAGUCCUGAUGCAUGCAUGUUGAUUGAAUCAGGCCUUAUCACUACCAUCUCCCGUUCAGCUCGAUUUUGACCAUUUAAUACUGCAUCAUUAGUUAACCAACUACUUUCCUCUUCAA